AUGGCGCUCAGUCUCCAAUUGACGUUGACACUCCUCACGGUCCUGCUCUCGCUCCGUUCCAUCCUCGCACACUCGCAUUCCCAACACGAUACAGCCUCCUCGGAAGAAGAACAACCGCUAUCCUUCUCAGUCGGCCCGAACUACCCCUACGCGCUCGAGGACCUGGAUAAAGACCUCCCCUUCUCACAACCCGUCACAUUCGCCCAUCUCCCCUGGCAACGAUGCUUCUCGGCCAGCCACAAAUCCCCACUCGACAUCGCGGUCGUCGGCUUCCCCUACGACACAUCGACGUCGUACCGCCCCGGCGCGCGCUUCGGCCCACGAGGCAUCCGCGCCGCCAGCUCGCGCGAGAAAAAGGGCCGCUCGUACAACACGAUCUGGGGCAUCGACCCCUUCACGGACGGCGGCCUCAAUAUCGUCGACUGCGGCGACAUCCCCAUCACGCCGUUCGACGCCCAGCACGCGUUCCGCCAAAUGGAGCAAGGAUACCGCCAGAUCCUGUACCACAACACAUCUGCCACCUCCGCCUCCGCCAGUACUAACGUCUGGUCGCACCCGCGCAUCCUCAGCCUGGGAGGCGACCACUCGAUCGUGCUUCCCGUGCUCCGCUCCCUCAAGACCAUCUACGGCCCCAUCAGCGUGAUCCACCUGGACUCGCACCUCGACACCUGGGACCCCUACGCCGGAUAUACCGGGAUAGUCAGCGAGCAGUCGGCCAUCACGCACGGGACGUUCUUCUGGCACGCCGCGCGCGAGGGCUGCAUCGCCAAGGGCAGCUCCGUGCACGGUGGUCUGCGCACGAAACUGUUCAGCCCCGCCGACUACGGGACCGACAAGGAAGUCGUGGGGUUCGAGCUGAUCGAGGCACACGAGAUCGACGACGAACCGCGUGGCAUGAGUGGGAUUGCCGCGCGCGUAAAGUCCAUCGUCGGCACCACCAACCCCGUCUAUUUGAGCAUCGAUAUUGACGUGCUGGAUCCGAGCAUUGCGCCCGCGACGGGAACGCCCGAGUCCGGCGGCUGGACGACGCGCGAGGUGAAAAGGUUCAUCAAGGGCCUCGAGGGCAUUCGGCUGGUCGGCGCCGAUGUCGUCGAGGUGAGUCCGCCGUAUGAUACCGUCGCAGAGGUGACGAGCGUGGCGGCGAGUGAUUUGCUGGUGGAUAUUAUGGCGUUGAUGGUCAAGGAUUCGCUCGGGAAAGCCGAGAGGAAGGAUACAGUGGGUGGCAAAGAGGCGAGGAAGGAUGAACUGUAG